AUGACCUACACUGUUGUAUCAGCAGCCAUAUGGCUUCUCUUCUUCCUCCAUGCCGUGUCUGGUACCUUCUUGUCCCAGAUCGAGCCUUGCCCUGACUAUUGUGGAGACAAAGAUCCAAAAGACUGGACUGUCUACUCGUCAUUGGCGCCUCUAAGCCAGUGUAGUCAGCCUGUCAUCUUUGAUUUCAACAUUCACAGUCCUGUCGACGCGGACACUAUUUUCAAGUUACGUGCUUGCAAUGCUGGAAAUGCCAUGCCUUCAUCUGUUGCCCAGGUGAACGAGGGCCAGUCUAAUAUAACUGCCCGCUCCAUUUCGGCUCGUGAAGCAACCAAAAGUACAUCCUCUAGCAGCUCGGGGUCGGCUGCUGAGGUCUCAUUCCAAUUGCUAUCUGGAGGGUCUUCAGCUUCCACAGCAGCCACCGACUAUACAACCAUCCUCUCCGCUUUGCAGAGCCGCCUCCAGAAUCAAACCACAGAAAACGACGCUGCAACUAUUCUCUUUGGCUAUUCUAAUGGCGUUACGGUUGGCAUGUUUGUUGGGGCUGGCAUGGAUCCUGCCGCAACUCCUCAAGUUUUCAAAUACUUGCUUGCCCAGGAACCGGAAAACGAAAUGGUAGCCCAGCUUUGUGGUGCUAAUCGCACUGCAAAGUAUGUCUAUGGCUUUUCUCUUAACAUGAAUGGCGACGUUGGUGCAGUUCAAAAGGAUGUCCUCUCCUGGUGGAAUGGCGAAUGUGUAGAGAGCUCUGCUGGUACCACCAGUCAACCUUUUAACGUUGAAAUUGUGAAUCAAAAUCCGGGAAAGACGAAUUCAACCUCAGUCAAGGCUCGCAGAGACGGGACUUGUCGAACUAUCAGUGUAAAUGGUGGCGAUGGCUGUGGAAGUCUGGCUGCAGAGUGCGGCAUAUCUGGCGCAGAUUUUGACACAUACAAUUCGCAGCGCACCAAUCUCUGCUCGAGCCUGGCCGUUGGAGAGAAGGUAUGCUGCUCAUCCGGCGGAUUGCCCAAUUGGCAGCCCUCAGCCAAUCCGGAUGGGACAUGUGUGGUGUACAAUGUCCAGGCCGACGACGGCUGUCAAGCCAUUGCACUCAACUAUGGGUGGCAGAUCAGCGAUCUCAGUGAUUUCAACGAUGGGACUACCUGGGGAUGGACUGGCUGCAAUCCACUUCCUGCAGGGCUCGCGAUGUGCGUUAGCAAAGGGACUCCCCCUUUACCUGCGAGUGUUAGUAACGCCGUGUGCGGUCCAAUCGUACCGGGCACAACGCAACCUGACAAUGGUACUGCCAUUGCGGAUCUAAACCCAUGUCCUCUCAACGCUUGCUGCGAUAUUUGGGGCCAGUGUGGCAUCACAGAGCUCUACUGUAAAGAUGAUAAGGGCCCAACUGGAAACCCGGGGACGGCUCCUGAUAAGGAGUACGGUUGCAUAUCAAACUGCGGUACAGGUGUCACCAACAAUAAAUCACCGCCGUCCGAAUUCAUUUCAGUCGGUUACUAUGAGCAGUUUAAUUGGGAUCGUGAAUGUCUAAACAUGCGGUCCGCUGAUCUGCAAAACAGUUCUUACACUCACAUCCACUGGGCCUUUGCUGGAGUGAAUCCUGACUUUACUGUCAACAUUACAGACGACGGAGAUGGCCAAUUUGCUCACUUCCGACAGCUCACAGGUAUCAAACGCAUUGUCUCCUUUGGAGGCUGGGGCUACUCGACGGAUCCGUCGACUUAUGACACGCUUCGUAGUGCCAUGACGGAAGCGAAUCGAGCUACGUUUGUCAACAAUAUUAAGGACUUUGCGGUUCAGAAUAAUCUUGACGGUAUUGAUAUUGAUUGGGAAUACCCUGGUGAGCCGGAUAUUCCAGGUAUUCCUCCAGGUCAACCAACGGACGGACCAAAUUAUCUCCAGUUCUUGCUAUCGUUAAAGGUUGCUCUCGGUGAUACCAUGUCUCUCUCAAUUGCUGCCCCGGCCUCCUACUGGUACCUGAAGCAGUUCCCUAUCAAGCAAAUGAGCCAAGUGGUUGACUAUAUUGUUUAUAUGACAUACGAUCUUCACGGACAGUGGGACUACGGUAAUAAGUUUGCACAGGAAGGAUGUGACGCUGGUAACUGUCUCCGAAGUCACGUCAACCUCACCGAGACAGGGUAUACCCUCGCCAUGAUCACCAAGGCUGGCGUGAGCGCCAGCAAGGUUGUUGUCGGUAUCUCAUCCUAUGGCCGCUCCUUCGGAAUGACAGACCCCGGCUGCACUGGUGUUGAUUGCACCUUUCAAGGUGAAGUCAUCAAUGGUACUGGGGGCGGGUCGACGGCAGAUGCCGGACGUUGCACUGCUACUCGUGGCUAUAUCUCCAAUGCCGAAAUCAAUGAGUUGAUUAAUAACGGUGAAGCUAAGGGAUGGUAUGAUGAUGGCUCCAACUCGGAUAUGGCUGUUUGGAACACGACCUGGGUUGCAUAUCAGAGCAUUGCUACUCGUAGCUCUCGAACUAGCUUUUACAAAAGUCUCAACUUUGGUGGCAUCAUUGACUGGGCUGUCGAUCUGCUCGAAUUCACCGGUGACGAUGGAGAUGAAAUAGAUCCCAGCCAAGACGACAGCGGUGAUGGCAGCUAUCCCAUACCGGAUCUCUCUUGCUCAGACAGCUACGCGACACUCGACGAUAUCGAAGCUGCAAUCGACAAUAUCCCAUCAAUGUGUGCUGCCAUCUACAUGGUCCAAGUUCUGCAAACAAUAUACAACGAUGCCAUGACCCAAUAUGAUACACUCAUGACAAAGGGGUACGAUGAUAAGUUCAAAAUCUAUGCAGGCGUGGUUGUCGACCAUGCCGGAGACUCUAUGACUCAAAUGAUCUACGAGAAUGGAACCAAAUACUUCGAUUGUAUCGUGGCUGAGAUGAACUUUUGUUGUUCUUCCUGCAGUUCCGAUGAUGGCGGUUGUGACUAUUGUCGUAACGACACCUCGGGCUGCACAGAAUACUGCGACCCGCGCUUCGGCAAUUGUUCUCCCCUUGACAAGCGCGAUCUCUAUACUCGUCUACAGGAUCUUGGUCCAGCAGGGUUGUUUGCCCGUGAUGUGCGAAACAUCCCUGGAUACUCCAAAGAAUCCGAGCCGUGCCCGCCCGACUACUCAAAGCACGGUUAUGGUGAUACGGACCUGAAUGGCGUUCCUUCCAACUCUAUCUGGUGGAGUUUUCAGGAUGACGAUACCACCGCUCAGUUCUAUGCCGACCUUUACUCCCAGACGGCCAUACCAAAGAACAAGACGUCUAUCCAGACCCACGUUCGCAAUACCAAUGACUGUGCGCCGGCAGCAUCUCUAGGUGACGGUGAUGACUGCUGGAAUCUUGGUGUAGAUUAUACGAUGCCAUACGUCGACAACUAUACAGAGUCUGACGUUGUCAACCCCAAGGAUGUGGUUACGGCAGCCACCGCAAAUGCUACCGACCUUCUUGGGCAGAUUGGGGAUGUUCUCUUGAUGUUGCAGAGCGAUUUGUACGACGGUGAUUUCAUGGACGUUGUCGAUACUAUCUCUAUCCCCAUAAUGAUGAUCAACUCUUCGAUCUCAGAAAUGGCAACUAUCGAAUCCGUUGCAGACGAAAUCACAAAAGAGAAACGUAUGGAAAUCAUCUUGGCCUUCUUUGGAGCUAUCCUGUUCCUGGUCCCUAUCGCCGGAGAAGUCCUCGGGUCUAUCGCAGAACUGGCAGAGAUUGGAGCUAUUGUUUCAGCUGUUGGGGAGAUUGGCAAUGUCGCCUUUGACAUUUAUUCGGUUGCCAGUGAUCCUAAUAAUGCUCCGCUGGCCAUCAUGUCGGCUAUUUUCGAGCCAUUGGCUUUGCUGGAUGUUGCUAAGGUGGCUAAGGCAGCUACGAUCAGGAGAGGCAUGUCUGCCGACGAUGUUGGCAAGCUGGGGAAACAGGUUAAGCCUGUACUAGACAAGAUUGACUCCAUCAAGUCAGGAACCAAGUGCUAUAUAUAG